CGUCUGUCAGUCUGUGUACCCUUCUGCAGGACCGGCUGCAUCGCCGUUCAACUGUUUACAGGCUUUCACCCACUAUCAUACUCCCGACAAUUCGUGCUGAGAGCGACAGUGAAUAAUCAAACGAACAUAACACCUUAUACCGGCAAUCGUGAUGGUGGGGGUUGUGCAGUAGAAAUCGACAUAGUGGUAUCGAAAUAGUGGUUGACCUGCUAUCUUUGGCGGUAGCAGACAAAGCAGUUGGUUGGUCGAUCGAAAGAGGACUAACAGAACAAGCUACUGAGGCAAAGUCAAUCGCCGUCAUCUGGUGUGGCCGAUGCGGCGACCGCCGGUCAUGUAGUUCACUCGUCUCGAGCACACACAGAUCGUGUCAUCGGACAAAGUGCGCUUAGAAAAGGUUCGAUUGAUCCUACGACGAAGACGAACGACUAUGACGCAUUUUCACUUGUGCUGUAUGCCCUUAACCAUAGAGGAUGGUUGAUGCGGUAAAGAGAAAAAAGAAAGUACGUUUGUUACGGUGGCUGUUACCUGUUCGACUGUUGUAGUAAAACAGUUUCAGUCCUCAAGGAACGUUUGUGAACAGUGCUUGUCUUCUACUGGGAAGUCAGCUGGCUAUACCGCAGUGAAUACGAAUACUAUCAAAUAUGCUUUAAUUCUGUUGUUUUUUUCCUUGAAAGCUUUUCUAGUUGGCAGUGAGUAGCAAUGUUGUGUGCGUAUAGGCAUAUUCGUGAGCUUACGCAUACGACCAUAGUUCAGCGAAGUCAAUCGACAGAACAAGGCUUCUCUUCAGCCUGAACAGGACAUGGUGAACUGAUGCUGUGAUGAUUCCGAAGGCCAGCUGCGACUACCACUAAAUCGGAAAAUGCACGUUACAUAAUGUACAGUUAGUCAGAUUCAAUCCAUCCAUUCAGUUAUCGUAGCCUUCGUAGUAUAGUAGCAAUCGAUCGCUGGACUAACUAUAAGGGUGGAUAAAAGUUCACGACAAUGCUAUCUCAAAGGGAUUUCAUCAUGUCCUCCUAACAACUCUUGCGUGGACUGGGUUCGCUGAGGGUGCUGGAGAGCCGAACUCUUCAGGAACUGCUAACACGAACUCUUGGCGUCAGCAGCAGCAGCAGCAGCUUUUAGCAGAACAGUCAUUGUCGAAGCUUUAUGAGUAGAAUGGAGGACGCCGAAACGGAGCGGCUUCUUCGGCUUCGGGCCCUAGAAAGUGCCCUUGUUGAUGUCGGAUCGGAAAUUAACAUUGAGUCACUACUGGAUGUACUCCAAGCAAUAGUUCUUGAUUGCGAAGGCCCGGCAUUGAGACGUGUGGCCAACAUAGAGGCGUUCCUCGAGCGUUUCCAGGCAAAAACGAAAGACAUAUUUACAUGGCGAACCAAUUAUAAAGACUUCGACGUUCUCAAAACCAUUGGAAAAGGUGCCUUCGGUAUGGUCCAGCUGGUGAGGCACACACCGUCACGAAAGGUUUACGCUAUGAAAAUGCUCAACAAACACGAAAUGGUUAAGCGAAGCGAGCCCAAUUGCUUCUGGGAAGAACGCUACAUUUUAGCCAAUGCUAACUCAGAAUGGAUCGUUAGGCUUUACUAUGCAUUCCAAGAUUCUAAAUUCUUGUACAUGGUAAUGGACUAUAUGGCUGGCGGAGACCUGGCAAACUUGUUAGAUGUGUAUGACUUCUCCGAAGAAUGGGCCCGAUUUUUCUGUGCUGAAAUGGUGCUCGCUGUAGAUGUGAUCCACCAGAUGGGAUUUGUACACCGAGAUGUGAAGCCAGACAAUAUGCUCUUAGAUUCGUCAGGACACCUCAGACUUGCUGAUUUCGGAACGUGCACCCGAAUGGGUGAAGAUGGUUUGGUCAGGUGUGACGUGCCAGUGGGCACCCCCGACUAUAUUUCACCAGAAGUGUUAAGGGCCCAGGAACAGGGUCGCGGUUUCGGCAAAUAUGGGAGAGAAUGCGAUUUCUGGUCAAUCGGCAUUUGCCUUUAUGAGAUGCUGUGCGGGGUUACGCCAUUCUACCAUGAGUCAUUGUCGUUUACCUACGCAAAUAUAAUGAACCACCAGAAAUCACUUGUAUUUCCGGACGAGUCGGAGACCGCCCUAAGUGAUCAUGCCAAAAAUCUCAUAUGCGCGUUUCUCUGCGAUCGCUCAAGGAGGCUCGGCAGACAGGGUAUCGAUGAGAUAAAAGCGCAUCGAUUUUUCCAUAACGACGUGUGGAACUUCGAGACAAUUCGAAAUGCGAUGGCACCAAUUGCUCCAGAAUUAAAAGCCGACGAUGACUCUUCGAAUUUUUCUAUGCCGGAAGACGACAAAAAGCACGAGCAGGGCACAUUCGAGCCUGCAAACAGUUUUGAAGGGAACCAUCUCUAUUUUGCCGGUUUCUCAUACAAUCGUGACUAUCAGUUGCUUGGAGCUGACUCUCCGUUAGAGCAGGAAAGCAUGGCGUCUACAGAGAAUCACGUUGACAGCUCUAACAAAAUCAGCACGGAUGGAGUACACGAUCAGGUAUCUAAGCUAAUUGCAGAAAAUCACGAGUUAAGCCGACUUGUUGCGGCCUCAAGAUCUGAUCUGUUCGAGCAGCAAAAAAAAUUGGAAAGCGAAGAGGAGAUGCGUCGGAGAGCAGAAGCAACUGUACGGGAACUUAUCGCAAGGCUUGAAAAGGAACAAUCUGAAAAAGCGCAUAUUGCUCAAAACUCACAGCAACACAACGAGCGGUUAGCUGCGUUAGAGCGACAGCUCAAAGACACAAAGGACAAACUGGUACAGGAAACGGAACUAGUUGUGAAACUCAAGAAGAAAAACUCAGAGCUGACUAAGAACGUGACGCAAUUCGAUGGAACAGUACGCGAACAGAAGGAGAAACUGGCGCAGCUUUUAGCCAAAUGCGGUGCCCAAGAGAGGGAGUUGGCUAGUAUCAACACACAACUAGAUCAGGAGAGACAGCUCUCAGGAAAAUCAGGAGACCGCGCCCAGGAACUUCAAGUUCGAUAUGCUGAGUUGUCAGAAGAAAUGGAGAGACUGCGUAAGGGUUACAGCGAUCGGAACCAAGAAAUUAAAGGGCUAGAAGAAAAAAUUGCCGCAAAGGAGAAGCAGGAAGCUAUCCUUCAACUCGAACUUAAAAAUGCACAUAAUAGAUUUGAAGCUGAAGCGUCAUCCCUUCGACGAGAAGUAGCGUCUUUGUCAGCAGAAAAUAAACAGUUGUUGAGUUCUAGUGAGGAGACCACGGCUGACGCGGUUCAGGCUAUAAAGGGCAAGUUACAAGACGAGGUCGAGCAACGUCAACAGGCCUUGCAGAAACUCCAAGAAAGCGAACGACACGUCUCGGUGCUUCAAGUAGACUGCAAACAACUCCAGCAGCAAUGGGCCAAGCAGCAGUCUGACUAUAAGGCCCAAGCGGAUAGGAUUUCGCAACUUUCGCAUGAGAUUGAGGAGGAACGUUCGCGGCGUAUUCAUUUGCAGAACGAAAUUAGCCAGUUAGAGAUUGAAGUGUCCCGCUUAAGUCGAAUCGAAAAUCAGCUUCAAAUAGAAAAACGUGAGCUAGAGGGAGCUGUAAGUCACUUUCAGCAAGAACUAUCUACAUUUAAGGCUACCCACAAUAACCUGCAGAUGCAACUGAUCGAUCUCACAGAGAACCUCGAAACCGAAAGUAGCUUUAGGGUGAUCUACAAAAAAGAGUGUGAAGACUUGCGGGAAGAAUUGGAGACGAAAACGAAGAUUCUUCAAGAUUUUGAAGAGGAGAAAAUUAGAGAAAUCGAACAACUGCAAAAGCGCGUAGACCAACUCACGACUGAGAAAGAUCUGUUGAACGCCGAGCAUUUAACACAAGAAAAAGAGAAGCUCGACCGCGAGAUCGAAAAGUGCAAAAUGGAGGCUGAACGAGAAAGUCUCCAAAGGCAGCUGAAGGAAGCGCACGAGAAGCUUGAGCAGACCGUUGAGGAAAAAAAGGAAAUCCAAAAGAAGCUCGAGGAACGAACGGCCCUUGCUAGCAACAAUAACAACAACUACAACCAAAAUAGCAAAAACAAUAACACGACUAACAACCACAACAACAACAACAACAACAACAGCGCGACAACCAAUGCCAACAAAAUAAUCAACAACAUAACUGACAGCGUUAAUAUCAAAGACGAUGGCAAUAGUUACAACAAGAAGCUCGAAGACGAAAUCGAGGUUCUUCAGCAAAAACUGGCUAAAGAAAAAGUACUAACACAACAGGCUGUUAACAAACUUGCUGAAGUAAUGAAUCGGAAAACCGCGGCUGCAGCUCAACCUGUAAAAAGCGUUGGCGGUGGUGGAGGGGGCACUCGAAGCGUUGAAUACCGCAAAAAGGAAAAGGAAUGUCGCCAACUUGAGCAAGAUCUCACCACACUUAAGGCCAGAUUCCAUUCUCUGACCGCGCAAUACGAUCAAAUGAAGUUCGAGAUGGAAAUGAGCCGAGAAAAGGAAGAGAAGGUGAUACAAACGAUGAAGGAUUUAGUGGAGCAAAAAGAUCGCGAAUUGGAUGACUUACGACGACAACUGGAGAAUCGAGCAGGCUUGCAGAAUCCUGGUAGUCUAAACAGCCUAACUGAUCUUCUUAAUGAUGAAGAACUAGCCCGCAAGGAAGGUUGGCUAUCAAUCCCGAACAAACAAAACAUUAAGCGUUAUGGCUGGAAACGGCAGUUUGUUGUAGUAAUGAAUCAAAAAGUGUUUUUCUUCAAUCAUGAACAUGAUCAAAGCACAGCAGAGCCAACUUUAUCUCUAGACAUCAGCCGCCUCUUUCAUGUGCGACCUGUAACUCAGGGUGAUGUCAUUCGAGCAAAUUCUGGCGACAUUCCCAAAAUCUUUCAACUUCUAUAUGCCGAUGAACGAGAGAAUCGCAAAGAAGCAGAGUUGUCACAGUCGGUAACAGAAUAUCGCUCGCACCAGAUGGUCCCAAUCACAUUCUACAUACCAACCGCUUGUGACAUCUGCCAGAAAAAUCUUUGGUCGAUGACACCUGCUCUUGAAUGCCGUCUCUGUCGAGUUAAAAUUCACAAGGAGCAUAUCAAAGACGAGCUCAAGGACAAGGACGAAAGUAGUAAAGAGAGUGCUGGCAACAAUCUUCCACCAUGCAAAGUUCGUUCGGUGCCUUCGAAAUGUCAGGCACGCGAUCUGCUAUGUCUUGCUGAAAACGAGAGUAUCCAACAGGAAUGGGUUCGAUUUCUUUCAUUCCAUAUUCAAAAGGGCGGCUAUGCACGAGUCAGGUCUCUCGGUCGAAAUACAGCUAAGUCAAGAACAUAAGAACGAUGUUUCUAUUUUGAAAUGUGGAACUACAAGUUGCUCGCUGCAAUGAAGUUUAUUCGGCGGACUGUUUUUCCCGUUUCCCACUCGUUGUUUGUUCACACGACGUAUCUACUUAGUCCCUUGGGUACCUAGAAGACAUUUUUCCACUUCAUCGCCUUACAAGCACGGCCAACACUAAAUGUGCGGUUGAAUAUAUGGAGCCUGGUCAAUGAACUCUAGGAAUUCAUCUACAAAUUAGAUUCGUCUUUUCAAUGGUACAAAACUCCUUUUGUCACACAUAAAAGAAACUAUAUAAAAUAGGAAAAGUACAGGUAAAUCUCCUUUCUUUUCGUGGACCCAUAUUUUACAUUUCGAAUUUCGGCAACUGAAAAUUUUUACUGGGCCUUGACAAUGGGUGUCGCUUUCGAAUAAAAUUUCACAUUUUUAUUCAAUAUAAUUUGCAACUAGUGCAAAUUAUAUAGAGGAAGUCAUUGAUUUGGCUUCGUAAUCUAUGAAUUACCAAACUAAAUGUAAUACAUAAGAAAAGAAGUGAUGGUUCCGGUAGAAGUCGUGUGCAUUAGUUGUGCUAGCGCUGUUAUCUAUCAAAGUUAUAGCCUCUAAAAUUGCGUAUUUUCCCUCGAAAUGUAAGAGUCAAUUUAAAAGUAUUGUUAACAAGGUACAAAAGCGUCUUUUCUAGUUUAACGCGACAGUAAGGCGGAGUCAUAUUUAUUAACAAGUAAAGGUCAGAAUAAUUGCCUUUUAAUGAAAAAUUAAUUCUUCAUUGGAGAGUUAAUCGGCUAGUGACCUGCCCCGCUCUUCGUCAUGGUAGAAAAAAAGUAUCUUAUAUUUAGGUAAAUACUGUUCCAACUGAGUUUAUUGAUUAGAAAAUACAGAAUAAAUGCAAUCAGAUUGCUCUGAAGAGCGUUUUAGGUAUAAGUAUGUACAUAGAUGGUAGCUAGUUUAGGAUUUGGACAUACUUAUGCGAGGUUCGAGAAUCGUUUUGUUCUCUUGUUUUUGUUUUGUGAAUAUUCCGAAACAAAUACUUAACAGUAACAAUAACAAUAAAAAUAAGGUAACAGUAUAAUAAUAGAUGGGGAUCAGCAGACAUUUCGUCGAGGGUAAUAAGUCUUUCCGUGACAAGGUGCUUAAUAUUUAUUAAGUAUAAUAGAAUCGUAUAUUUUUCACAUUCACGAUGACUAUUCGUUUAUAUAGGUCAUUUUAAAUAUUAAGUACCCCGUCACCUGCCAUAUGUGUAAUAUACCGUAGACUGAACGUAGAUUCAACCACCGCGUGCCUUAUCAGAGACAUUAAUUACCGGAAUCCUUCGAAGGGGUCGAAGAAGAAAGGUAUAAAAAAGGAUGCAUUUAACAUGAACGCCAUUGUAACAGCCUCCGUGUUACUGUAUCCUUAACUAAAGCAUUUACAAGGGCUGUAAUCUACUGAAAUGUAGCAUAAAAGCUGAAUGGAAUGUCACACAAAUUUAGACAGUGAUGCUUGUAAGUGAUAAUAACGAGGAAGUCGGACGCCAAUGCGCGAGUGAUAUGCAAAGAUGAAAAUAAAGGACACUUUUUGUCUUUAUAGUAGUG